AUGAUUUACUUCUAAUAUAAAUACAAUGAGAAUAAAUUGGUUACUAUGAAAUAAGCAGAAUGAUUUUAUUUCUUCCUCUUCUUCUUACUGUAUUAUUUAUGGAUAUUGAAAAUUGUCAUGGAAUUCAACAAAACAAAACGUAUUUUCAUCCAUUUUCAGACCAACUAAUCACAUUUAUCAAUAACCAUCCUAAUGCUGGAUGGAAAGCUCAAAGAACUAAUCGAUUUAGUACAAUUGAAGAUGCUAAAUUAAUGAUGGGUGUUAUAUUUGAAGAUAAUAAUCAAAGAAUAAAAUUACGUCCAACAAUUAGACAUAAUGAUGUUAAUAUUAAAUUACCAAAAUUCUUUGAUUCACGUAAACAUUGGAAGAAUUGUCCAAGUAUUCGAACAAUACGUGAUCAAUCUUCAUGUGGUUCAUGUUGGGCUUUUGGAGCUGUUGAAUCAAUGAGUGAUCGUAUCUGUAUUCAUUCUAAAAGUAAAAUCUCUGUAGAAUUAAGUGCUGUUAAUCUAUUAAGCUGUUGUACAAGAUGUGGUCUUGGUUGUAAUGGUGGUAUUCCAGGAAUGGCAUGGGAUUAUUGGAAAUAUGAAGGUAUUGUUACAGGAGGAUCAAAUGAAACACAUACAGGAUGUCAACCAUAUCCAUUCCUUAAAUGUAAUCAUCAUGCAAGUACAAAAGGUUAUCCACUAUGUGAAAGUCAUUAUUAUGCAACACCAGAAUGUUAUAAAACUUGUCAAGAUGAUUAUCGUAAACCCUAUAAAAAAGAUAAAUUUUAUGGUAAAACUUCUUAUAAUGUAGCCAGUGAAGAAAUUUCAAUCAUGAAAGAGAUUUUAUUAAAUGGUCCAGUUGAAGGUGGAUUCUAUGUCUAUGAAGAUUUUCUUCAUUAUAAAUCUGGUGUUUAUAAACAUAUCACUGGUUCAUAUUUAGGUGGUCAUGCUAUACGUAUACUUGGUUGGGGUAUUGAACAUAAUCACAUACCCUAUUGGUUAUGUGCUAAUUCAUGGAAUGAUCAAUGGGGUGAUCAUGGUUAUUUUAAAAUUUUACGUGGUAAAAAUGAAUGUGGCAUUGAAUCAAUUAUAGCAGGUGGUUUACCAAAGUUACAUCAAUAAUUUAUAUCUACCUAAUUCAUUUAGAUAAACAAAUGAAUGAGAUCAUAUUAUGGAUUGAUAUUAUGAUUUUGUUUCUAUGUGUAUUAUCUUUAACAUUCAAUAUGAGUUAUUUAUCAUUUGUCCGAUGGUUACAUAGUGUGUAUUGUUAUUCGUUCGGUAUUAUAUGUUUCUGAUUCCUUUCUAAUUUGUUACAAAUAUCAUUAUGAGGUUAUGGA